GCCAUACCUCCCAAGGUGGAGGAAGCUUUCAAGCAGUACUGCUAUAUUCCCUACAUGGCCCUGAUGCAUGCGGCUCGAUCUAAAGCCCAUCUCCGCAGAGAGGAUUCCGCAUUUGUCUUUACACAGGAUGGGCUUACAGCGAAAGGCCUUGAUCGCUCGAACGAGCUUUUAAUCGCAACUGUUGAUUGGAUUGCCGCAGCAAAGGCUGCAGAGGAAAGAACAUUGCACUACUGGGGCGAAGACAGAUCCUCGGCCCUAACAUCACACCAUCUUGUUGUCCUUGAUAUCGCACUUAAUCAGUCCAUUUCGCACGUCCCCGCUUGGUUUGGUCCCCAAACCCCAUUCAAACAAAUUCUGCAUAGUUCAAGACCUGUCCUACCCCCGAAACCUCUCAGAUAUCCAGUCACACUCAUCCUUACAUUACCCCCUGGCUGCAUAGCUGCCACCUUCGAUGUCUCAUCAGCCUACCGUAUCAUCCCAGUCAAACCGUCACAGCAGAAUGCCCUCUGCAUUUACUGGAAGGGUAUCGUUUACGUGGAUCGGGCU